GCCAGAGAAGUUCGCCCUGGGACGUUUGCCCGGCCCCGCCCCCGUCCCUGUUGCUGUUGCGACGCAGCUGCUGGUGGCUGUUGCUGCUGCGGGACCCCCACCAUGGAAGAGACAGGCGAGGAGCCCCCAACAUCAGCUGUCCUGCUGAAUCAUUGCCAUUUCUCUCAGAUCAUCUUUAACAACGUGGAGAAGUUUUACAUCCCUGGGGGAGACAUCACAUGCCAUUACACCUUCACCCAGCAUUUCAUUCCUCGCCGAAAGGACUGGGUUGGCAUCUUUAGGGUAGGAUGGAAGACAACCCGAGAAUAUUACACUUUUAUGUGGGCUGUUAUGCCCACCGACCUCAACAGUAAAUCAUCCUUGCAGCAACAUGUGCAGUUUAAAGCUUACUACCUACCCAAAGAUGAUGAGUAUUAUCAGUUCUGCUAUGUGGAUCAGGAUGGUGUUGUCCGGGGGGCCAGUGUUCCUUUCCAGUUCCGUCCAGAAAGUGAAGAGGACAUCUUGGUGGUCACCACUCAGGGAGAGGUGGAGGAGAUUGAGCAGCUCAACAAGGAACUUCGCCAACAGAACCAGGAGUUGAAAGACAACUAUAUUAGUCUCCAGAAACAGAACUCAGACAUGCAAGCUGAACUCCAAAAAACUCAGGAACUGCAGAAGAGACUUGAGUCUCUGACAGAGAUCAAUAAGACAUUGGAGCAAAGGGUCAGUGUCCUGAAUGAAGAGAACGAGGGUCUGAAGGUAGAGAAGAUCUGUUGGGAGACAGAACUGCUUCAACUUAAGGUGCAGAACCAGAAUGUGGCCUCAGAAAAUGAGAAAAUGGGUGUCAGACUGAAGAGCACUCUUGAUCACCUUGAUCAGCUUCAGGCACAGAUAUCAGUACAAGAGAAAGAAAUGGAGAAACUGACUCAAGGAGACCGGGACAAAACAGAGCAAUUGGAGCAUUUGAAGAAGGAAAAUGAACAGCUACUUCUCAGUUUGACUGAACAGAGGGAGCACCAGCAGAAGCUUGAGCAGACUGUGAAGGAGAUGAAGCAAAAGGAAACCACAUCCACCCGGAAGCAGCAGGAGCUCAUGAACCAGAUCAGUGACCUGAUGAAGAAGCUAGAUGAGAACAAGAUUUUCUGUCAGGAGCUGCAGAGGGAGAAGACCAGAGUAGAAGGAGAAAAGGACCUCUUGCAGAAGGAAAAUGACAGGCUGCUGUGUUAUGUCUGUGAGGAUUCUGGUUCUGAUCUGCUCCCUAACCCUACUCCUGUUCAAGAAGCCCUCAAAGAAAACGCUGGACUCAUUUUUGGGAAUCCUUAUUCUGCUACCCAAGAUGUCCAUGUCCCCAUCCCACCAUCUAUCAAAAAGUGCCCCGUCUGCCAUGGGGUCUUUCCAGAUGACGUGGAGGAUGUCAUCUUCGAGCAGCACCUGCAGACCCAUAUUCUGGACUGUCCAUAUUGUGAUGAGGUCUUCUCAGAAGUUGAGCGGCAGGUGUAUGAUGACCAUGUGUUCUGCCACUCCCUUUAAAAUAUGUCACCACUGCUUGGCCCCAGGAGGAGUGGGCCAGAAGCCCUUCUUAAGAAUAAUGAGUCAAGAUUGCUUCUAAACCUGAAACUACUAAAUCCACUCAAGUCUUUUCUCUGGGGAUGGCAUCCUGAUGACCCAUUUUUGAGACACUUGUUAACCUUCAUCCUUUUGGAUCAGUCUCUGUUGGCUCACGUAAUGGCUCAGGCUUUACUAGCCUGUAGCCUUUACCUUUCUAUAAAGGCUCAGUGAGCCAGCCCCAGAAAGAGGCUGCCCUGGCUUGGGCACUGAAGUGAUUAGCCCAUUCUGUCACCUAACUGCUGUUGAAUUAGUCAAGCCAAGAUGAAGCCAGCCCAAAUGGAUUUGCACUGUUCACAGUUAGAGCCCUGUAUCUAGAAGUUAUUCAAAGGAAUGACUGAGAAUUUCCAUCUGUUCACUAGCUGUUUUGAUUGCAUCGGUUCCAGGCUUUAUUAGUUUAGCCACGUGAAGUAGCUUACCCCAGCCUCCCCCUUCCUCAUAGAAGUAACUUUUUUUGAAGCAAGUAGGGAGAAGUUCUGUGAUCUUGAGCACAGGAAAUUUUCUCAAAAGAUAUCUCCAGUUUCUCUGGUUAUCGCUUCUUGAUUUUGGCCUUUUUCUAUACAAAUAUAUAAUCCUUGCUGUAAUGGCCUUUCAUAGUGAGUAAUUAGAAGCCAGUGGUUUGGAAUUGUUUUCCUGAGCAGCAGGUGGGUUUAAAUUAUUUUGGAUAAGCAAGAAUAAUGGAUACUUAAUUCUGUUAAUCUCUUGAUUGCUGAAGACUAAUAAAAUCCUCAUCUAUUUCUGUGA